UACUCAAUCGCUAGACAUGUAUGAAAGGCCUUAUCAAGUCUCCUCCAAAACACGCUAUCCCUUGCCUUUGGCAUCACCCCCAACAAUAGUAUCUGAAUCACAACUAUGUCGUGCCUUUGGCAGUUACACGCCCCACCUCUCCCUUUCCUCAACCAAGCCAACCCUUUGCCCUCAUAACAAUCCUCCUUUCCCAUCUAUUCAUAUAAAGUAGGGUUGGACUAAGUCUCUCCUCCUCCUCUCUGGACUUAUACGUAGCUGGAGAUAAAUAAAAGCACAUGUCUUCGACAAUGCGGAUGCCCUGGGAGGUGUUAGUACUGAUGUUCUUAGCCAUGUUCUCUAAGGCCAGCGGCAGCGGCAGCGGCAGCGGCAGCGGCGGUGGUAUCGGCCAAACGAAUAAACCGCCGUGUUCAAGGGGUAGCCAAGUGAGCUACUGCUUGAGCUGGAGGGUUGCGGUGGAGGCGAACAAUGUGCUUCCUUGGCCAACGGUCCCUCCUCAGUGCAUGAGCUACGUAGAAAAUUACAUGCUUGGUGGGCAGUAUGAAAGGGACCUGGACGUGAUUAUGGAGCAGAUCUCCACCUACCUUGAUGGUAUAGUGCUGUCUCACGACGGCAUGGAUGCUUGGAUCCUUGAUAUUGAUGAUACUUGCCUUUCCAAUCUCCCUUACUACAGAGACAACAAGCGCUUUGGGUGCGAUCCGUACGAUCCAACUGCUUUCAAGAAUUGGGCUAUGAAGGGCGGGUGCCCGGCAGUUCCAGUGGUACUCGAAUUGUUCCAGAAGUUGGUUUGGAGUGGUUUUAAGGUUUUCCUACUCACGGGCAGAGAUGAAGCCGGACUGGGCAAAGCCACCUUGGAGAACUUGCAUAACCAAGGAUACCUCGGCUAUGAACGUGUGAUAAUGAGGAGUGAAGCUUACAAGGGGAAAAGCUCAGUGGUGUUCAAGUCAGAAGUUCGUAAGGAAAUAGAGGGAAAAGGUUACAGGACUUGGGGAAACCUUGGAGAUCAGUGGAGCGACCUCUUAGGGGAUUGUAUUGGCUCACGCACUUUUAAGCUUCCUAAUCCCAUGUAUUUCGUUCCCUAACAAAUGUUGCGACAAAGGAAAUAUUAUAAUCUUA